CAUGUUGCAGACGCGCAACCACAAAUCGAGCGCCCUCCGCAUUGCCUCGUAUGUUAUCUGCGGUUAAUGACUUCAUCCCGUUUUGCGUGAGAUGAAUUAUGUCACGUCAUUAAUAUGCGACCCCGUUCUAGUAGCGUCAUGGCUUUGGUAGUGCUGAUUAACAGUAUGCCUAAGCGUCGUGCUCGUAUUUUGCGUGCGUGACGUUCAAGGGCUUGUCAGCGGCCCGCAGAGAUGAACUCGCCAUCCGCGCACGCGUGUGUAACAGAACGGCGCAUCGGCGUUUGACGCGUGUGCGUACAAAGCAAUGGAGACUCCGCCCGUGCUGCGUUCACGUUCCAACUCUGUAUCCAUCCAUUCAACAUUUUCGAUGAUGCAGUCCGGUGGAGUUUUUGACCUGGGCCCCGAGUCGACGAGCCGCGUGGCCAUGGCGACCAUGUCCAUCCUGCAGCCGCCAUCGCCACUGUCAGCCCUGUGCCGCUGGUACCUGUACGCCAUCCACGGCUUCGUGUGCGAGGUGAUGUUCACGGCAUGCUGGGAGUUCACAACGCACCGCAGCUGGAAGUUCCCGGGCUUCACCAGCGUGUGGGCGCUGCUCAUCUACGGCUUCUGUAUCCUGGCCAUUGAGCGUAUGUACCUGCGGCUGCGCGACCACGUCAACGUGGUGCUGCGCUGUGUCAUCUACACGCUGUGGACGUAUGCGUGGGAGCUGAGCAUGGGCCUGCUCCUGCGUCGGUUCGGAGCCUGCCCCUGGGACUACUCCAAGUUCAGCUACAACUUCAUGGGCCUGGUGACAGCCGAGUACGCCGUGCCAUGGUUCUGCGCUGCCUACCUGGUGGAGCGCUUGGUCAUCCAGAACACCCUGCGCCUGCGUUACCAUGAUGGCGCCGAUGAUGGCUGGACCGACCCCCUCGCAGCCACCCGCCGCGGCGACAAGAGGCUGCGGUUGUUCAAGUGGGACUGAGCUCCCCGCCACCCUGUUGUUUCAAUGCAAAAAUAGCCCCCAAAUAAAAAAAAAAC